GGAGAAGGGUUUUUGGAAUUUGGAAGAAGAAUCGAUUGAUAUAUAGAUAUAUUAUACCUAUAAUCAAUCAAAUUGAUCGAGUCGUGAAAUUAUCUGAAGAUAUGGAGAGGCUAAACUCAGAGCUGUACUUGCAGAACUGUUACAUAAUGAAGGAAAAUGAGAGACUGAGGAAGAAAGCUCAACUUUUGAACCAAGAAAAUCAAGCACUGCUUUCGGAACUGAAGCAGAAAUUAUCUAAAGGAAGUUCAAAGGCCAAUUCCUCAAAAUCAAUCCCUGAUCUUAAUCUCUCCUCUGCAAAUCCUUCAAAUUCUUCCAACUGAUCACGUCGAUGGAAGAAGAAGAAGAAGAUGAUGAUGAUGAUACCAUGACCGCACUAAAGUUACUCUCUUUUUUUUUUUUCUUUUUCAUUUUUUGUGAAUUACCAUAGCCAACAGUAGCAUGUAGUUUGGGUUUUCAGUUAUGUAGGACAGUCUGUAGCUUUAGCAUCUUCUUUCUCUCUCUAUGAGUUUUUUUUUUUUUAAAUUUCUUUUUUCAUAUCUUCUUUUUUGGGGGUUAGGAUAUGGAUUUUCUGUACUUCAAAAUGAUGUAUCAGGCUAUCUAAUGGAAAACCAUUUUCA